AUGAACAACACCCAGCAGCAGCAGCAGGCACAGCAGCAGCAACAGCUGCUGCUGUCGCUGCAGCAUAAUGCAGGUAGCAGCAGCAGGGAGGAGGGCCAAGUGGCUCCCUUGCUGUUACAGCACGGGGAUCCAUCUUGGGCCCUAGCAGGAUCUACUGCUGCUGCCGCUGCACCUGCUGCACCUGCUGCUUCUGGCAGCGUGCUUCCCACUGCUGGGACCUUCCCAGCAGCAGCAGCAGCAGAUGCAGGAGGAGCAGCAGCAAAUGCAGCAGGAGGUUACUGGCAAGAUGAAGCAACACAAGAGGAAGCAAAUGAUUGGAUGCAGCAGGGAGAUGCAUCUGAUAGUUUCUUCUCCUUCUUACUCCCUCAGACACAGCAGCAGCGGCAACAACAGCAGCAACAUCAGCAGCAGCAACAACAGCAGCAGCAACAUCAGCAGCAGCAGCAGCAGGACAAAUCUCCUCAGACGCAGGCUGCUGCACCUGUCACGAGCAUCGGCAUCAGCAGCAGCAGCCACAGCAGCAGCAACACCACCAGCAGCAGCAGCAGCAGUAGGCUGACUCACUUGGAGGUGAAGGCUGUAGAACACUAUGCUCUUCUAUGCAGCAUUGAGGUGGUGUUGCAGCAGCAGCGGCAGCAAAUAUAUCAGCAGCUGCAACAGCAGCAGCAGCAGCUACGACGUUUGCGCCGGCAGCAAGAGCUGCAGCAACUGAUGCGGGAAAGCAGCCGCAGCAGCAGCAAACGUGCUGCUGCUGCAGGAUCUGCUGCACCAUUUCGCCCCACAAGGGACCCCUUAACUAAUGCAGAGGGAAGGCCGCUGCCUAGCAACAGAGAUGCGCUGCUGCUGUGGCAGCAGCAGCAGCAGCAGCAGGUGCAACACAGCCCUAGCGGCAGACCUCGGGUGUCUGCGCUGCUUGCUGCAGCAACACUUAAGUCUUUCCUACUAGAAGGCUCAGCAGCAACAGCAAAUCGUGCUGCUGCUGCUGCAGCUGCUUCCAGGACCCUUGCUGCUCCUGCUGCUCUCCUUGCUAGGCAGCUGCAUAUACACCGUGCUAGGAAGAAGAACAGCAGCAGCAACAGCAGCAAGCGGCUGCAGCUUGCUGCUCGUCCUCAUGAGGCUGAGGAGACAGCAGACGACGCAGACACCGCAAACACACAAGCUCUCCUCCUGUCUCUCUUUAAACAGCAGUUGCGUAUACACCUGGAGGAGCUGCAUAUAGCCCCACAUGCUGUUGCUGCUACAUUCAAUGCAGCACGGUGGCCCCCCGGCUCCUUGGAUGAGCUGCAGGGGAGCCAGGAGGAGCAGCAGCAGCAGCAGUGGCGGCAGCAGCAGCAACUUGCACUGCGCUCGCGGCAGCAGCAGCAGCAGCAAGAAGAUGAUGUCUGUACACUCCAUCCUUCAAGACUGCUGCAGGGAAUUCGAUGGCUACUGCAUGCAGCAGGCCAGGGAGGCUAUGCUCUUGAGCAGCAGCAGCAGCAGCAACAGAAAAAGGUGCCAACUCUUGCUGCUCUGCUGCGGCGUGUAAGUGCUGCUGUUGCUGCAGCAGCACCAUCGUCCCUUAGGCUGUCCCCUGCGGAGUGUCUCCUCAGUUUCAUGAAUGCAACGCCUAGCCAGCCAGCACUGCAGCGCAUGCAGCAGCAGCAGCAGCAGCAGCAGCUAGUGGUAGGCGAUGGUACGUCUCUUAGUCUUCAAAGACCAUCAUCACAGCAGCAAAGGCAGCAGCAAAAGCAGCAGCAGCAGCAGCAACACGAAGACAUUGCAGCAGGUUUGGCUGCGCUGCAGCUGCACCACGCGCGUGCAGCGAUCGAACGCUGCAGCGGCAGCAACAGCAGCAGCAGCAGCAGGAGUUCAGCAUUGACAGCAGCAGCUCGGGAGGGAAGGAAUUCGGCAAAUACAGCAACAGGAGGAGGAGGAACAGGAACAGCAGGAACAGCAGCAGCAGCAGGGGUAGAUUUUCUAUCUAUGGCAGCAUACAGCGACUUGCCAAUGCCUCCCUUUGUGAUAUUUCAGGUGUACGUGCAGCUGCAGCAGCAGCAGCAGCAGUUGCUGCUGCGGCGCGAAUGGACACCUGAGGAGGAUGAGCUGCUGCUCGCUGCUGCUGCUGCAGUGCAGCAGACACCAAGAGGCAGCAGCAAAUGGAUGCAGGUAGCAGCAAAAGUCCCUGGCCGCAACAACAAUCAAUGCAGAGCUCGAUUUAAGUACCUCCAGGUGGAGCUCCUGUCUGGUCGGUCAGCAGCAGACUGUGCUCAGCACUUUAGCCUCAUGGAGACACAGGCAGAAGCAGCACGUGCCGCUUUGCUGCUGUUUGCUACGUGGAGCAACAGCUGCAGCAGCAGCAGCAACAGUGUGGAGACAUGGAUACAAGCUCAUCUGCUGCAGCUUCAUUUGGAAGAUGUGAAACGGAUAUGUGCUGAGGCAGCAAGUGCAGCUGCUGCAGCCCCAGUUGCUGCUGCUGCUGUUGCUGUUGCUGCUGGGAGUGUGCUGCGUCCGGGGGACGCCGACGCUGCAUGCUCCUUUCUGCUGGAGGAGCUGCAGCGGGUCUUCUGUCUCUCCCGUCUUGAUUACUCUCCUUAUCUAUCGCAAAUGGCUGCUCUUAGGGAGCUGCAGCUCGCUGCUGCUGCAGGGGGGGGGCCCCUAGAGGCCCUGCAGCCGGGGCCUCAGCCUCUGUGGGGCCACCCGGGAGACCCUGUACCUUCUCUUUCGCGUUUACUGAUGCUGUAUAGGCACCCGAAAUCCGCAGGGGGGCCCAUACUGCAGCUGCCGUGGCUUCCUGCGGGAGGCAGCCUGGGGGGAGGCCCCAGCCGCAACGCCUCCUCUGGAGUGAAGGGGGGCCCCCCUGGUACCCUUCCCUUGGAGACGCGUAAGCAGCAGAAAGGGAUCGGGGGAAGCAGGAACCCCAUACAGCAGCUGCCUGCUCCGCUGCUCAGUGCGGCGUUCCGGAGCAGCGUUGCUGCCGCUGCAAUGCUGCGGCAAGCGUCUGCUGCAGCGGAGACUCCAGGGGCCCCAGAAUAUGCUGCUGCUGCUGCAGCAGCCGAGGAAGCAGCAGUGGCUCUUGCGCCAGCCCUGUGGCCGACAGCCCCAGACGCUCUUGCUUUAACAGGUACAGGAGGGACCCCCUCCGCAGCAGCGGCAGGAACAGCAGCAACAGCAACAGCAGCAACAGCAGAGGGGUCUAAGACAAGGAACGGGGGGGCCCCUCGGGGUUCCCGGGUGCGUGCUGCUGGUAAGGCGGUAUCUGCGGAAGUGUCUCCUCAGGAUGAGACAAAUACCCCCAAGAAGGUGCCUAUACACCGCAAUUCUGUCUCCUCGAGACAACCUGCAAGGAGAGGGAGGGGGAGGCCCCCAAGGAGACGGGGGAAGGGCGGGAGGGGGACAAAAGGAGACACUUCUGAUGCAGAAGAGGGGGAAGGAGACACCUCCAGAAGCAGCAGCAACAACAGCGGCAGCAGCGGCGACGAGUGGGUAGUGAGCCGCAGCAAAAGGAAAAGGUGCAAGACAGGGCGAGGGGGGCCCCCCACAAGGGGCCCCGGAAGACCCAGAAGGAGCCGUACCCUCCCUACAGAAGACACCUAA